AAACGGGGAUAGGUAUGCUGGAGAAUAUUUUGCUGAUAAAAUGCACGGAUUUGGUGUCUAUUUUUUUGCAAAUGGUCACCGUUAUGAGGGUGCUUGGCAUGAGGGUAGAAGACAGGGGCUUGGAAUGUACACUUUUAGGAAUGGGGAAACUCAAUCUGGUCAUUGGCAAAAUGGGGUUCUUGACAUUCCUAGUACACAGAACAGCUCACAUCCUGUUUCUCCUGUUGCUGUCAACCAUUCAAGAGUGCUUAAUUCUGUUCAGUUUCCUGAAUUCUGUAUUAAGGGGACACGACCUUAUCAAUUUGGAGAAGUUUAUUUGUAUCUCGAGCAUUUAGCACUUGUUUGA